AUGUCUGAGUCUUUCAUUGAGGAAUGGGCCAAGGCCCAGCGGCUGCAGGGCCCGAGUAUGAAGAACGCGUCCGUAUUCUAUCGAAACUUGGAGGAGGAGCUCGAUGCUCGCAGAGCAGAGCAUGCAUGUCUCACGCUUCACACGAGAGAUGCCAGCAUGGUCGACUUCUCAUCGACCGACGUCCUGGGGCUGAGCUCUUCAGGCGCAGUGAGGAAGGCUUUCCUCGCCGAGCUUGCUCGGCACGACAGCUUUCAACUGAGCAGCCAUGGAUCGCGGCUCACGGAUGGAAAUUCCAGAUAUUUGGAGGAGCAAGAAAGAGAGCUCGCCGAGUUCCACGGCUCCGAUUCGGCGUUGAUUGUCAACACAGGGCACGCGGGCAAUGGUGCUAUCUUCUCGGUUAUACCACGGCCGGGGGAUGCCAUCGUAUACGACGAGCUUGUUCAUGCGAGUGUUCAUGAUGGCAUGAAAGACAGCUUGGCGUUGUGCAGGAAGCAGUUCCGUCACAAUAACGUCGAUUCCUUGCUGGAUACCUUGACUGCUAUUCGGGACUCUCAGCCACAGAUACGUGACGGGUCCCGAUGCGUCCUUAUUGCCGUGGAAUCGAUAUAUAGCAUGGACGGGGAUAUCUGCCCGCUUCAGGAGCUUGUCGAAGCCGCCAAAGAAGUGUUUCCCAACGGCAACGCCCAGUUCAUAAUCGACGAAGCUCAUGGCACUGGUGUUAUUGGGCCCAAAGGUGCGGGACUUGUCAAUUCCCUGGGCCUCGAGAAUGAAAUUGCAAUCCGACUUCAUACCUUCGGAAAAGCCCUGGCCGCAUCUGGUGCCGUGAUACUCUGUAACAGUACCGUCCGCACAAUGCUGCUUAACUACGCCAGAGGUCUUCAAUUCACAGUCGCUCCAUCUUUUGUGAUGCUUGCUGCGGUUCGCGCAACGUAUGGGCUCCUCAAGACAGGUGCAACACAAGAGGCCCAAAUGAGACUGCAGCACGUAGUGAAAUUAUUCCGCGACAAGAUCACUUCAAGUCCGAUCUGGGAAGAUGCUAAAGACGCAAGAAUCCUCCGCAUCCCUCUCUUUGAAGACGAGGACAGCGAUCCGUCGUACUCUGUUGCGCCGAUCGUUCCAAUUUGGACGCGUGCAAGGCAUAACUUCUUCCUUGCGUUUCAUCUCCAGCGUGCAGGCUUCUCCGCCUUCCCCAUCUACUUCCCCGUGGUCCCAAAGGGCGCCGAGAGAGUUCGUCUCGUUUUUCACGCGUUCAAUACCGAUGCGCAAGUGGAGGCGCUAGUCUCGUGCAUAUGCGAGUGGGCCGAGGAAAUGCUUGAGAUUGAGGAAGGACAUGACAGACUCAAAUUGCCAUCUGCCGCACGACAGGCUUACUCUAUGAUGGCAAACGCAGCUUCUGAUGCGGUUGAAUGA